AUGUUCGACCUAAUGAAGCUCCCGGCCGAGUUACGAAUCAAGAUCUAUGAAUAUGCGCUCGUACGAGACGUUAUCAGAACCGUCACCACCGCACAUCCUUUCGGAGCACUGCACCCUAGGUACAACAAACGUGUGCAGGUUUACUAUGGAGAACCCAAGCCCACCAAAUCUGUAACCUUGCGCAGCAGGUGGACAUCAUACGGAAAUGCAGACGUUUUGAGACGCAAAGAUCUUCGGAAUGUCAAGAUUAUUGCAGGCGAGGUGCUGGAAGACGAGAUCUCGUGGUCGUAUGCUAUCCAGCCAGACGGCUAUCCUCCUCUGGUCAACAUCUUCCUCACGAGUCGCAAAGUUUACUCCGAGACAUGA